GAAGACUUUUUUUAAACUUGGAUUGCUUAAAAGGAACAGUUCAUCAUGGCUGAAUUAUCACCUGAAGAAAUUCAGCUGAGGGCCAACCAGGUCACUGAUGAGUCUUUGGAAAGCACCAGAAGGAUUCUUGGCUUGGCCAUUGAGUCCCAGGAUGUAGGCAUCAAGACUAUCACCAUGCUGGAUGAACAGGGAGAACAACUAAAUCGCAUAGAAGAAGGCAUGGACCAGAUAAACAAGGACAUGAGAGAAGCUGAGAAGACGCUGACAGAGCUCAACAAAUGUUGUGGGCUCUGUGUCUGUCCUUGCAACAGGACGAAGAACUUUGAGUCUAGCAGGGCGCACAGAGCAGCCUGGGGAGAUGGCACCGAGAACUCGGCAGACCACGUGAUAUCCAUGCAACCCAGAAGAGUCAAUCAGCAGCCUCAGGCCUCUGGAGGACCGAGCAGUGGAUAUAUCACACGGAUAACAAAUGAUGCCAGAGAAGAUGAAAUGGAUGAAAAUCUUGCUCAAGUAGGAAACAUUCUGGGGAAUUUGAAAAAUAUGGCUUUGGAUAUGGGAAAUGAGAUUGAUGCCCAGAAUAAACAAAUAGACCGGAUAACUAUCAAGGCGGAUACAAACAAGGAUCGCAUUGAGCAGGCCAACAUCAGAGCCAAGAAACUCAUUGACAAUUAAAGCCUGCUGUCAUUGUUCAGUGACACUGUCUCUCCAGCUGCAAACCACCAUAUUCAUGGAUCUGUGAAACUCUUCUAUUCUGAAAUAAGAAGGGCUGGGAAAUAUGAAGCAAAACCCUUUCUAUAAGGGCUCUUUCUUAUUUUUUUAAUUGCUUCAUGUAGGCUUGGCCUUCUUUCCAAGAAAGCAGCCAACAUAACUUCCUCCUCAUCCGCCUUCACUUCCUUCAAACUGCUCAGGGCUAAAAGUGUCAUGGCUUUGAGAAUGUUCAGGCUUGUUUUAUUUUCCUUCCCCAGAUUAUUUUCCUGCCUCCAAAGUAUAGCCCCUUAUUCAAGUGGAAUAAGCAGGUUAACCUGAAAUCAGUUGUUGAAAGUUGGAGAGGGCACUUUGCACAGUUUAAAAUACCUCAUAAGUUGAGUGUCUUCACUAAAAUAGGGGUUGGUGAGUAUUGUCUGCCUUGUAUCUCUAGCUGGCUAACCUAUAGUUUUGCAAUCCAAACCACCUAAGAGUGGCUUGAGAUUGAGUUAGUGUGCUACAGAAUUUAAGGAGUUAUUGCCCACUAGUUACUACUCCUGGGUUGAGGGCUUUAAAACACUUUCUAAACACAAACUUUAAUGUAAAGGUAACUGGAGGAGUACGCAGGUUUCCUUUUCUUCACUUGAGGUGACAUUGAUUUAGAGGGCAGCCUUAGGGAACUGUGCUGCUUUGUCUGGCAAUGUGUUCUGUACAUAAUGUUCCAAACACCAUGCACAUGUGAGUAGAAGAAAUCACUUCCCUAGAAAGUAUUUAUUAAAUGGAAGAAAAUUUUUACACUCAUCUAAUCUUUAAAUGAAUGAUGCAAUGUAGCUAGUAGCACAUCACAUAUCAGAUUUUACCUUGGCCAGUUUCUAUUGAAAUUCAGUUAUGCCUUUUUCCAGUGCACUAUUAAAAUAGUGCUAAUGUAGUGACUGAGACCUUGUGCAGAGGUUGUUCUCAGCAGUGAAUUUGUAGGGAGCAUCUUAACGCUGCUGAAAACAGAGAAGCUUACUACAAGUGAAGCUUUUCUUGCCACAAGUCUGGAGGAAGCAUUAACUCUUCAGAAAAACUGUGUGCUAGUUCUAAAUAAACUUAGUUUGAAAUAGAUGGCUGACUGGCUUAUUACUGCACAUUUGGGGCUGACAAUUUUCCAAGUUAAAAUUGACUGCAACUAAAAUAUUUUGUGGAAUAGAGGAGUCUCACCGGGUGGGGGGAGAGGAAGCUUUCUUUCUAAGAAGAGGAAGUCACUUUGACAAGUAAAUACCAAGUGACCAUAUUGAUGGGUGGAGUUAGGUAUUUAUUAUGUCUGUAUUGAAAGUGAAAAUGAUACUUCAAUUUAACUUGCAGUAAUGAAUGUUGGGUGGAGGAAAGAAAUCUCCAAACCAAAUUUACAGAGAAAAACAGCAUCUUUUUUAAGAAGGACAGUCUGUAUAGCCAUUAGCAGAAAAUUCUGGUGCUAGUGAUAUGAGACUAAUUUGCUUAGAUUUCAGAUGAAAAAAAGCUAAACACUCUCUUCUCAGUGGUAAUACAAUAAUUGUGCCUAGUAUACUGUCAGCUUGCUCCCAGAACAACUUGAGUUUUAGAUUAAAACAAAAUCCUGACCAAAGAAUGGAACUGCUGCAUGUAAUAAAUAGGGCAGUGAAAGACUGUAAUAUGAAUAAGGUAAAUAGCAAUUUUAGAUGACUGGAUACUGCUGAAGCACCUCCUGGCUUCUGUCUUCCAGUAGCUGUUGGAAUAUACUAAAUUUUAAAAGUGGAUUCUCUACCCUUAGUAGUAAUGAAGACUAUAUGCUUAAAAGCCCAAAUAACAAAAAGCACUUGUAGCAACAUUGCAUAAUGAACUUCUAAAUGAAUGCAGGGUUUUUUCCCUUAAGAACUUCAGGUUAACUGGAAGAAUGCUGCUGAUUGUGAAAGCAGAGCAUAUGAUGUAUUUAAUUGUGAUUGUCUUUUGAAACAGGAGACUAAAGCAGUUGCCUUAUUCUGCCUAGAUCAACCCAGACCUGUUCUUUAGCUGCUUGAAACACCUUCAGCUGUUUUUCUCCCUUGCUACUAUAGGUCUGUUUUAUUGACUUCCCUGAGCAAUAAUCAAACUAGUGCAUUGGUUAAGAGAAUACCAUGACUGGUAUGCAGAAUCUUUAUAUUGCAAUGAACAACUCACAAGUAAUUUGAGACUCUAAGCUUGAGUAUUAGCUGAUAUAAAUACUAUUCUCU